AGGAGGAGGAGGAGGAGGAGGGUGUGAGGACCCAGCUCACAGCUCGGCUCCUACACUCCGGCCGACCAAAAAUAAAACGGCGACAAAAACAAUAACGGCAGCCGUCAAACGCUUCGACUGGUGUCUGCGGUCUGUAGCAGGGACGUGCCGCCGCAGACAUGAACGGUAUCACCAAGGGCCGGUUCGAGGUGUUCUCAAACAGCGAUGAAGCCCCCAUUAACAAGAAGCUCCCCAAAGAGCUUCUUCUUAGAAUAUUCUCCUAUCUAGAUGUGGUCACGCUCUGUAGGUGUGCCCAAGUAUCCAAGGCGUGGAACGUCCUGGCCCUCGAUGGCAGCAACUGGCAGAAAAUUGACCUGUUCAACUUCCAGACAGACAUCGAGGGUCGGGUGGUGGAGAACAUUUCGAAGCGCUGUGGAGGCUUCCUGAGGCAGCUCAGCCUCCGGGGCUGCCUGAGCGUGGGAGAUGCCUCCAUGAAGACAUUUGCUCAGAACUGCAGAAACAUUGAAGUGCUGAACCUGAACGGCUGCACCAAGAUCACAGACAGCACCUGUCUCAGCCUCAGCAAGUUCUGCUCCAAACUCAAACAGCUAGAUCUCACCUCCUGCGUGUCCAUCAGCAACCACUCCCUCAAGGCCCUCAGCGAUGGGUGCAGAAUGCUGGAGUUGUUGAACCUGUCGUGGUGUGAUCAGAUCACGCGUGAUGGCAUCGAGGCUCUGGCUAGAGGCUGCAACGGUUUACGAGGACUGUUCCUCAGAGGCUGCACACAGCUGGACGACAGCGCUUUGAAACACCUUCAGAAACACUGCCCAGAGCUCACCACCAUCAAUAUGCAGUCAUGCACACAAAUAACAGAUGAAGGUCUGGUCAGUCUGUGCCGAGGAUGCCACAAGCUACAGAUCCUUUGUGUGUCGGGCUGCAGUAACAUCACUGAUGCCUCCCUCACUGCGAUGGGACUCAACUGUCCCCGACUCAAGAUCCUUGAAGCUGCACGAUGCUCCCAUGUUACAGACGCUGGAUUCACUGUGCUGGCCAGGAAUUGUCAUGAGCUUGAAAAAAUGGACUUAGAAGAAUGUAUUUUGGUGACGGAUAACACCCUGGUUCAGCUCUCUAUUCACUGCCCUCGCCUGCAAGCACUGUCCCUGUCCCACUGCGAACUGAUCACAGACGACGGCAUCAGAGCUCUGAGCAGCAGCACCUGUGGACAAGAGCGCCUCACCGUGGUCGAGCUGGACAACUGCCCCCUCAUCACUGACGUCACGCUGGAGCACCUGAAGAGCUGCCACCGUCUGGAGCGCAUUGAGCUCUACGACUGCCAGCAAGUCACCAGGGCGGGCAUCAAACGCAUCCGGGCCCACCUUCCAGAGAUCAAGGUCCACGCCUACUUUGCCCCGGUGACGCCCCCUCCUUCUGUACAUGGAGGUGGCCAGCGUCUGUGCCGCUGCUGCAUCAUCCUCUGACAGUGGAGGGCCAGGGGGGGGCACCUCUGUCUGCAGGUCCUGCUGCUCUGAUAUGCGUUGAAAUGUGGUGGGAGGUGUGUUGGGGGGGAGGGGACUGGGGGAGGUGUAGGGGAGAGGAGGGGCUGGACCCACUCACUGCUCCUGAUCACUGAUCAAUACACUGACUGAUCGCCACUGAUCCCUGAUCAGUUGAACCCGCCCCUCCUCUCUCCUCUUGCUCACCGAUCGGCAUUGCAGCAGCCCCGGGGUUGGGGGGCGUGGAGGAGUGGGUGGAAAGAACGCGGAUGGAAGGACGGAUUGGAAGGACUUUUUCUCUCUCUGUCUCAUUCUCUCUUUCUCACUGUAAAGACAAAAAACAGGUUCUCCACUCCAUCCUGCUCCUCACACCCCUGACUCCCCCCACCUGAGGGCGUGGAGGAAUGAAUUGUGGAACUACAAUGCAUCGUGUUCAAACAAAAAAAAAAAAAAAAUGACGAUAUUGUCAUCUUGGACAACAGUUCGCUCUCUGUGGAGUAUCAUCUCAACCAAUCACAUGACACCUCUAUGUGACCAUCCUGUGAUUCAUUCUGCUUUGACCAAUAAACACGCAGCAUGGAGGGAGAGGAGAGCUGGGUUGUGGGAAAUGCAGGUCGUCUUGAUAUACACACAGAAGCUUUGGCACAGUCAGCUCAAUUCUCUAGUGUGGAAAGAGUUGAGAGGGGAAAAAAAAAACAGAAAGUACAGAACGGGACAUGUGACAUAUUUGUGCAUCUGAGAAACUUUUGCUGAGAUUUUGAUUCUGUUCGUACAGAGAAUGUUUUUGCAAUGGGAAAAAAAAAGAAUUACAAUUAUGGCAACUCACUUAAAAUUGGGGUAGGCCGACAAAAAAUUGUUUUAUUUUCCCCUUUUUUUUCCAGUGCUUAUUGUAAUUGUCCAUGCCUGUCUAUCCAGAGGGGGAGAUAUGUCUGUCACUCUUUUUCAGAUGGGGAAAAAAGAAAACAAGGACCUAUGAUUCAGACCGUUAGUGUCUAAAUGCGUUAUGUUGACUCUGUACGCUACUGGGAUGAGCGGCCUCUCCUGUGCACUGUGUGGUUGUGUUGGCUCGUCGGCCCUGAUCCAAUCCUGUCAGUAGCCCUGUGCACUAGCUCCUACUUGACCUUGACUUGUUUACAUCCUGGAUUAGGUUAGCACCACAGACAAACUUGUUUACAUCAGUAGGUUUCCAGUCUCCCUACUGUUCAGAGUGAGUUUAGUAACACUGGCUAAACGGUGGUAUUCCAUCUGUUUUCAACUGGACUGGACUGUCCAUUGUUCAAAUUUAUUGCUGUUUGUAUUUGGAUAUCAAUCAGGGCUAAUGUUGGUGCAACUUUGCUUUAGAAAAUGAAAUGUGAAUUUGUUUAGAGACGAGAUCGUGAGCGAAGGCACCUCAACGUUUUGACAAUCACAUGAAUUUAUGUAUUUGAAAGUUAAUUUAGUGUAGUUUUCUGUAAUUGGCAAUUUACUGAUGAUGUAGGAUAUAAAGAAUUUUCUGUAUUCAAUAUACUCCACUCACUCAAUGUCCUAAGCAGCACACGAGGAACUAUUUAGAAUUAGACACAGGUUUGACGAGAUGACAUCCUCAUCAAAUGCUACAAAACGUGACAACAGGAGUGUCAUGUGCAGUCCUUGGAAAGUCCCAGAAGCAAAAUUUUAUUUCACUGUAUACAAACACUCCUUCAGACCAACAGGAUCUUGUCACGCUGAGUAAAAACAUGUAUUGGACGUGAAACACCACUACUCGAAGCACUGAAAAAUACAACAAAACAGAAGCAGGUCGCAAUAUUGCACUAAACAAGAGACUGGCAAGUGCUGUGUAGUGCCAAGUGCUCAAAGACUGGGGAGAUUGGCAGGACGAUGGAUAGGACUGAAACAAGGAGAUCCGACAGAGAGAAGAAUGGAGACACAGAUGGAGCAAGCUGACGUGACUGGCUGUGAUACUAAUGCCCUCUCUUUGACAGCUGUUUUAACAGUUUUAUGUUUAAGAAAAAUAAAGAAAGAAAUGAAAAAAAUAAACAAAUGAAUAAAUAAAAGUGACUAAUAGUAAAUGUG